GUGGACGUUUCCGGAACGAUUACAAACAAAAAUUAAUGCGUAUUACUUCGUAAUUGCAACAGCGAUUUGUAUCUGGUAGAUGACAAUAUUGCCGUUUGGUGCAGAAGAAACUUAUGUCAGGAUUACAAACAAGGUAUUUCUGUAUUGGCGCGGCGCACUUUGAUUCAUCUUAGCAGCAUACUAAGAAGUUGCCUGGUCCAAUACAAGAUACAGGAUAGGUAUUUCUGUCUUGGCGCGGCGCACUUCGAUUCAUCUUAGCAGCAUACUAAGAAGUUGCUUGGUCCAAUACAAGAUACAGGAUAGAAGGUCCAAUAGGUGGAAGAAUAUAUUUUGAGGAACAUUCCAGCCCUUUACUUCCCAUUCGGUGUGAUGGUGUGCCGUUCCAGUUUGUUGGUCGCCAGAUACGCGAGUGUUGGAAAGAUAGACACCGAUCAGACAAAUUAAAGUCUAGGAGAAAAAUACCAAACCCUGAACAUGGGUAUUCUGAUAAGAGCAGGAAGCUUGUUUACAGCACCAAGAAAAUGGAUUGUAGGGCCUCCAUCAUUAUGAGGGCAGUCAUACGGUUUCCUGAUAACAAGAUCACCUCUACCUCUGAACAUCAGAAAUCCAUAAAGAGGAAGUUACUUGACAACGCUCUCAAAUCAUCUGAUCAUGUCAACUGGUGUAUGAGGGUGUAUGUAUAUGUUCCGGAUGAGUCUUGCCACAGCCACAUCACUGGUGAGUUUGGCUCAGUGUACCAGAGACUUGACAAGACAAUCAUCGACAAAAUAUACUCCCUGGUUGGGGAUGGUGUAAGGAGAGUAGAUGAAAUGGAAAGAGCUAUAAUUGGUUUCACAAAACGGCAAUUUCCAUCUGCUAGCCGUCUGAAUGGCAGAUUUUAUCCAAGCCGGAAGAUCAUAAGAAACCACAUGUAUUCGGCCAUGUGUGUGCGACAAUUUUCAACUGAAGACGCCAUGUUGACCAGUGGAGAAGGGAACAACCGCAGGAUAACUUCCAUUACACUUCAGGUCCCCAAGAAGGUUUCUCCAAGGAUGACGAUGAAGGAGAUAAUGAAGAAAUUGGUGUUGAAGACUUUCUCUUCGUCCAUCAAUCUUCUGGGCAGAAGCGUCUUCUGGAGAAAUAUGGUCAGGAGAUCUGUUUGUUGGAUGCCACCUACAAGACCUGCAAGUUUGAAGUGCCCCUGUUUUGUGUGUGUGAACACCAACAGUGGAUAUGUGGUUGUAGGUUCAUUCGUCCUUCCAACUGAGACCACUUACCACAUUAAAAGGGGUCUUGCAGUCUUGAAGAGCUGGAAUCCGACAUGGAAACCGCCAUACUUCAUCACUGACUAUGAUAGAAAAGAAAUGAAGGCAAUUGAGGAAACAUUUCCAGGUUGCUUUACGAUUCUCUGUGACUUCCAUCGAGAGCAAUCAUGGAAACGCUGGGUUGGACCUACUAAUGGAGUGACUCAUCCAAAGGAGGUUUUGGAGUUAUUGCGUAGCAUUGCCAAUUCCUCUGAUGAACAGAGUUUUACUGAAGCUGUUGAUGCUUUGAAGGAAUCCAGCCAUUGGAACAAACGUCUACAAGACUGGUUUCAGACAUUCUGGUUAAAAGAGAGUAAGAGAUGGGUGCAGUACCACAGACAGUCGCUUUUAAACAAAAAAGGACAUGAUAUUUCCCCAAGACACUGCAGAUGUGGUAAUUGAGGAAGAGAGGUCAUUAAAGUUAGCAGAAGAGAAAGAUUUGUCUGGCGUUACCCAUAUGGAAGAGGAGAUGCCUGCUGCUACCGAUAGGGACGAGGAGAUGCCUGCCCCUACCCAUAUGGAAGAGGAGAUGCCUGCCACUACCAAUAUGGAAGAGGAGAUGCCUACCCCUACCAAUAUGGAACAGGAGAUGCCUGCCACUACCAAUAUGGAACAGGAGAUGCCUGCCCACAUGCAGAAGGAGGAUAAAGGUACUCCAGACAAGCAAUAUGAACAAUCCACAUCUGAGCUCUGACAUGGUGAUAUAGUGCUGAGAACAAUUCUUCAUCAACCAAUAGAUGACACCCGUGUGAUGAACAUUGGGCCUUAUGUUCUCACCAGAAGGAGCUUUGAAUUCCUUAAAAGCACGUUGUCAGAUGAAGCAAGCUUUGCGAUCACAUUUCAAUGCUGAUUGAUGCCUGCUUACAUAUCGCCACAGCAGGAAGAAAGGUCCUCCACCUGGACUGUAUAAAUGCAACUGCCAUUUUAGAGGUUGUCUUGA